CAACAACAAACCCUGGCACACAUUCAAAUUUAGCAAAAACUCCCAUUUUGCCCAGAUUGCCGCGUUCCAAGACUGCCUUCAAGAAUCACCGAUUGGGUUGCUUGCAAAAACCAACGUCGUGUCGCCAAACUCCUUGCUACACACUCAAUCCUGUCAUAGUCCACAAGGGUGGAGUGGCACAGGGCGAGAACUGACCCAACAAAAAACAAACAAAAAGCAGUGCAAAGGUGUGAUCAGCUCGCUGACGUCAACAAUGCUCAAAGACAUCAAGCGACCGGGCUCGAGCGCGCCGGUGAAGAGCCAGCCGUCAUCCAGCAGUGCCCGAGGCUUGUUCGACCAGGUCGUACAGCGACACAGUGCCCAGUCCAGCCUCGAGGCGAGCGAAAGUUCGAGUCCGACGGAGCUCGCCUGGGUGACCGCCGACGAUUUUGUGCAUCUCCAUCAACACGCAUGGUCAUCCAGUGACGUGUACGCAGCGCUCGGUCAAGCCAAAGCACAACAAUUGGCUCAAGCCAUCUUUGACGGGGAUGUCACAGUGGUGAGACAGGCACUGCGAUCCGGGCUGCGCGCCAUGCUGUGCGACCGGUUGUCCAAAUCGGACCGAGGAGGCAACCCAACCCCGCCUCCCCAAGCUGCUGCAUCAUCAUCAUCAGCAUCAUCAUCAGUCGACAGUCCCGGUGCCAAGUACCACCCGAUGUCCGAGCAACUGCUUGCUGCCCUGAAUUCGGUCGGUGCCACUCUGAUCGACCACCAUCAGGCGAUAUCGAGCAAGGCUAUGGCCGGCUGGCGAGAAAUCCGACGUGGCGAUCAGUCAAGCUCGGAACAAAUGCUCGCGCCGUAUGCGAGCCCAUUGACGCCAAUGUUGCACCUGGCACCCACGCUCGAGAUGGUCUCUCUCUUGCUCGAGCACGGCGCAAAUCCCAACGAGCAGGAUUCGCUCGGCCACACCGCAUUGUUCUAUGCCCCGUCCAACGCCGCAGUCAUCACGCUGGUCGAACACGGGGCGAAUGUCGACCACCGAGCUGCUGACAAAUCCACGCCGGGGCUGUUUGCGCUCUUGCGCGACCCGGCGUGUGUCAAGGGGCUCCUUGCAGCGCUGCUCGAGAGCGGCGCCGACAUCUCCUUGUCCUUCCGGAUUCCUGAGCAGCGUUCCCUGGUCGACUUGGCCUGGAUGACUUCGGCGUGGCGGUUUGCUUGCAUGUUGCUCGCGCACGGCGCCGUGCUCUCAAGGGAGAUGCACUCACGGUUUGAGCCAUGCUUUAGCCCGUUGACACGCCUGGCAUUGUGCGCUGCGCGAGGGGAUAUGUGCAGUCUGGUGGCGAUCGUGCUGCCUCCCGGCACACACUACGAGCCCAAUGAGGCGUCGGAGAAGACCCCGUCCGAGUCCGAGGUGACCUUGGAAAGUGUCUUUUCACGAUCGUCAUCGUCACAGCCAUCAUUCCGACUGCAGCCUCCCACAACGGAGGACUUGCACAAGCUGUAUCAAGUUCCAAAGCUGAGCGUCACUUCGAGUCGCUUGACCAGUUUCCAAGUCGACUCUCAAACAUCCGUGUUGAUGCUGGCAUGCAUGGCGGAGCAGCUAGAGCUGGUCAACCUGCUGCUAACCGUCCACAAGAUGAACCCACUUGAAGUGUUUUGUGCGUCCUCGUCGCCCUCGGCGCAGGCCAGCUGUGUCACUGCUCUGGAGGUUGCUGCCGAGACUGGCAAUGCGCAGCUAUUGCGUAUGAUUGUCGCACAUGUUCCCAAGGAUGAAGAGCACACGCGCAUGCUCAAGCAGCGUGCCAGCCGAGGCGCCUUGCUUGCUCUAAUGGGUGGGCAACAUGAAACGGCCACCAUUCUGAUGGAGCUGGCAGACAAUGUUGAUCGGCAAACCGUGCUGGCAGCAUCUCUCGCUCCGAAUCCCAAGGAGAGCAUUGCAAUGGCAAUUGACUUUGUUGAAAAGUUCUUGGGACGGGCACACAUGCUGGAGCAGUGCAACUAUGCCCUAAGGUACUGGGUGCACACAACGCGGCCCAAGAUGGUUGUUCUGCGACUGUUGCUGUUCGAUUUUGGAGUCAGUCCCUCCUACAUUCCAACAGGAUCCACCACGUCGCUCCUACACGACAUUGUCGAGCGGAACAAUGUCGCCAUGCUCAGAAUUCUUAUCGCUGCGCCAAAUGCCAACCCUGACCAGCCGACCACCCAUCCCGCUCCGCCUCCCGUUACCAUCGGUCGAGCCGUAGAAUCGUUUGGGACUCGGCUUUUGCGAUGGAUUGGCCAACAUGUCCGUCUCCCUGUGCUGUGGCUUGUGGCAGUAUUGACGCGGCAACGGCAUCGACGAACCUGAGACCUUGGCUUUGCGUUGAAUGCUCUUGUUGUUGUUAACUCGGUGUGAUUUGUUGAUAGUUUCAAAUGCUGAUUCGUGUGAUACAGUUCCAAGCAUUGUA